AGUAGGACAGGUGGCACAGCGCGAUUAAGAUGACUACCGGAGAGGAAAGACUUGUUAUUGUCGAAAUAUGUGGCAAUUAUGCUAAAUUAACCCUUAACAAUGGAGAGGAUAAUAGAAUUAAUCCAGAAUUCAUAAGAGAUUUCAAUAUAGCUCUGGAUAAAGUUCUUGAGUCAGAAAAUGUAACUUAUAUGAUAACUACUGGUCGAGGUCGAUUUUUCAGCAAUGGUUUGCAAUUAACUGACGAGAGAGUAGGUGGAGACGAAUUUUGGAUAGAGUUUAAUGCAUUGGUUUCCAGACUCGUUUGUUUUCCAAUAUUGACAAUUGCAAUGUUAAACGGACACACAUUUGCCGGAGGUGCAAUGCUGGCUUUAUCGCACGACUAUAGAAUUAUGAACAGUACUAAGGGUUGGAUAAGUUUUAACGAAGUCUUCCUAAAUGCUAGACUUCCUCAUUUUGUUAUGGCACUUAUAAAAACCAAAGUAGCUGGAGACUACGCUAGACAAAAGUUUGUUGUAAAUGCUACUCGUUUAGUUUCGAGCGAAGCUAUCAAACUUGGAAUUGUUCACGCCGAUGCAAAAGCUGAGGAUUUGGAGCGAACCGUUCAUGAUUUUGCUCAACAAAGAACUAAGAAAAUCAAUGCAAGUCAUAGAUGGAUAACUCACAGAAUUAAAUUGGAUUUGUACGACGAUCUUGUAAAACAAAAAAAUAUCGUUGGCAACACUGACAAUGAAGAGCUUGAAAGUAAAUUAUAA